AAGGACCUAGUCAGCUCAAGUCCCUUGCAAUUCUUCGCGUCACAAAGCAGUCAGCUCUGUAAUCGUAACACACUAACACUCUGCAAGCGAUAGUGGAAACAAUUUUGGGGUAAAACUAGGGUCUGCGAAUCCGAUUCAAAGGUAAUACAAAAGAGUAAUGGAGCCGGCGAAGUUGAAUGAACUGAAGCAAUUCGUCGAACAGUGCAAAUCCAAUCCUUCUAUUCUCUCUAAUCCUUCUCUUUCCUUCUUCCGUGACUACAUUGAAAGUCUCGGUGGUAAACUUCCUCCGUCUGCUUACGACACUGGAGAUUACAAAGCGAAGUCUCAUGUGGUGGAUGAGAGUGAUGACGAGGUGGGUGAUGAUGAGAACGAUGCUCAUGCUAAAGGGGCGGUUGAAGAAGACGAGGAGCCUGAGAUAAUUGAAUCUGAUAUUGAGUUUGAUGAGAGUGACACUGUGGAACCUGACAAUGAUGAGCCACAAAAGAUGGGAGACCCUUCUGUUGAGGUGACCGAAGAAGCCCGCGAUGCUUCUCAAGAGUCCAAAGCUCAGGCCUUGGAAGCAAUUUCUGAAGGUAAGCUAGAAGAUGCAAUUGAGCAUCUUACAAAGGCAGUUCUCCUCAAUCCUACAUCAGCAAUUAUGUAUGCUGCUAGAGCUAGUGUGUAUAUCAAGAUGAAGAAGCCAAAUGCUGCCAUACGAGAUGCAAAUGCAGCGUUAGAGAUAAACCCAGAUUCUGCUAAAGUUUACAAAUCACGUGGCAUUGCACGUGCCAUGCUGGGAAAAUGGGAGGAAGCUGCUAAGGAUCUUCACUUGGCUUCAAAGCUGGACUAUGAUGAGGAAAUAAGUGCUGUGCUUAAGAAGGUUGAGCCAAAUGCACAUAGAAUUGAAGAACACCGCAGGAAGUAUGAUAGGCUGCGCAAAGAACGAAAAGAUAGAAAGAAUGAGUGUGAGAGACAACGAAGAAAGGCUGAAGCUCAGGCUGCUUAUGAGAAGGCCAAGAAGCAAGAAGAAUCCUCAUCAAAUAGGAGAGCUGGUGGCAUGCCUGGUGGCUUCCCUGGUGGAAUGCCAGGAGGGUUUCCUGGGGGCAUGCCCGGGGGUUUUCCUGGCAUGCCUGGUGGGUUUCCUGGGGGCAUGCCUGGUGGGUUUCCUGGGGGUAUGCCCGGUGGGUUUCCUGGGGGCAUGCCCGGGGGCUCUCCUGGGGCCAUGCCUGGUGGCUCUCCUGGGGCCAUGCCAGGGGGCUCUCCUGGGGCCAUGCCUGGAGGAAUGCCUGGUAACAUGGACUACAGUAAAAUACUGAAUGACCCUGAGUUAAUGGCGGCAUUCAAGGAUCCUGAUGUCAUGGCUGCCCUACAAGAUGUGAUGAAGAACCCUGCUAACUUGGCCAAGCAUCAGGCAAAUCCUAAAGUUGCUCCCAUUAUUGCGAAAAUGAUGAGCAAAUUUGCUGGAAGUAACUGAGAGUUUUUGGGCUUCUGUCAGUGAGAGUUUCUAGAUUUCGGUAUGGAGGUGUGAUUUUGUUGUAAACUUGGUUUCAUCGAGUACGCAGUGGGUCAUGACCCUAGAUUGUGUUCACUGCAAGUUUAGGUUCACAAUAGAUCUUGUGCAUUAUUGAUAGAAAGAAAUUGAUAUGCUUUUAUAGGCUCAGAAUUGCUAACUUUAGUCACUUGACUUGUUGCUAACGGUCAACUUCAAUUCUU